GGUGUUAACAUGGCGUCCGGGGCCUUGAAUGAGCAAAACAAAAACAUAAGCGGAGAAAUGGGCCGCGUUUAAUUAGUAAUUAAAAAGAGGUUUUACUAAAAGUAAACAGGAGAAUCUUAAAAUAAGCUCAUCAUGCUUGUAUGGAGUGUGUGCUGGUAAUUUAUUUCGGAUUUGUGCAUUUUGGUGAGUGUUAAACUUUAAAGGUACACAGUUCUUGAGCUAGCGGGGUAGCAUUGGCAAGCACAGCUCCGGUUUUACAUAAAUAAAUAAACAAAAAGCACAGUUUGGAGCUUGUAAAGAUAAAUAUAUGAACUCUUGUCAGGUUGAAAAGCCACUGAGGUUUAAAUGAACAGGAGACUGAAAUCGCAGCGCUAUAAAACUUCACAGCUCACCUUGUUGUGUUAGUGAUCUAGCUAGCUUAGCAUUGUUCCGAUAAACCAAUAGUAUUAGUGCACUAUUAGUGAUGCAUUUGAUCUGUACCCGAAUGCUUGAUAUUAAAAGUGUUAAUUAUAGUAUGGAUUAAGGAGGUUGAAUUGAUUUAUUGUUUGUGCGCUCGUGUGUACCCAAGUAUGGCUUUAGUUUUUGUUUUGAUCCAGGCCCACCUGAAAUGACCUUUUUUUUUUAAUCAAAAUUUUAAUCAUGAUAACGUGUUAAUAUUCUUGUUUUUAUUAUGAUCUUACACUCUAGUUCAUUUUCGUUACGUUUCCGACUGGUUAUUUCGCGGAAAUUGUGCUUGUAAUCCACACACACUCGGUGCUCUCAUUUCCAUAUGCAAAUGAGCUGCGUGUUCUGAUUGGUUGAUGGUCAGAGUCAGAACCGGAACUCCUUUCUGCACUUUGCCCAGAGUAGAACGAAAGUGUUUUGCGGUCCGAAUGCUGCACUGACGCAACAAAACAAGAAGCAGCCAGAGCAAAAUAAGUAGGUUUGAGCCUCUGGCCUAUUUUAUUUUAAUUUCCUUCUUAAAUUUUUUUAGUUACUCUCACACACGCACAACAUGAGCACUAUGGAUGAGACCAAAAGCCCGCUGAAGUCCGGCAAGCCGUCUCGCUCGGGUGGGAGCAAGGCUUCGUCCAGAGCGCAGAAGGAACGAGAGAACGCCAAAACACCAAAUCGCAAUAAAAACACCGCAGCAUCCAGAGUGAAGGAGGAGGGGCAGGGUGGGCAUGCCGGGGGCAAAGGGCCAGCAGGAAGCCCUCAGGAGGUGGGCAGAAGCAAAGCGCGCAGGCUGACUGGGAGGACGGGCUCAGGGGAGAGAGGCAAAGCCAGGUCUCAGACUCAGCAGGGGGUCAGAGGUGGAAACCUCACUCCACUCAGCCCUAAGGAGAACAGCGCAUCAUCAAGUAAAACCCCCAGGCCUGCAGUGAAGGACAGACACACAGGUGAGGUGUCGGCGAGACGCCCGGUGGAGUGCAUUUCUGACGCCACAGACGAGACAAACCUGACCUCUGAUCAGCAGCUGGGACUGAAACAGGCCGAGGAGAGACUUCAGAGAGACUACAUCCACAGACUGACCAAGCAGUCCCCUGAUUACCCGAAUUUCCAGUAUCUAUGCAAACUGUGCUCAGUUCACGUGGAUAACAUCCAGGGUGCUCACAAACACAUCAAAGAGAAACGGCAUAAGAAGAACAUCAUGGAGAAGCAAGAGGAGAACGAGUUGCGUUCAUUACCCUCUCCGUCUCCAGCUCACCUGCAAGCACUGAACUCGGCCGUGAUGGAGGCAGCGCAGGAACAAGGCAUCUCAGAGCAGGAGUUCCAGCAGAGAAACACAGUGCUGCGGCGCAUGGAGCUGAUCAUCCAGACACACCUACCUGCAUGUUCUCUGCGUCUCUACGGUUCCUGUCUCACGCGAUUCGCCUUCAAGUCCAGUGAUAUCAACAUCGACGUGCUCUAUCCAUCCGGGAUGACGCAGCCCGAUGUUCUCAUCCAAGUGCUGGACAUCCUAAAGAAGAGUGAUGAAUUCACAGAUGUGGAAUCGGACUUCCACGCUAAAGUUCCCGUCAUCUUCUGCCGUGACGUGUCCUUUGGUUUACCGUGUAAAGUGAGUGCAGGAAAUGAUGUUGCGUGCCUCACCACCAAUCACCUAGCAGCAUUGGCCGAGCUGGAGCCUCGUCUGGUUCCUCUGGUGCUGGCGUUCCGCUACUGGGCCAAGCUGUGUCAUGUGGACUGCCAGGCCGAGGGUGGGAUUCCUUCCUACUCCUUCUCUCUGAUGGUCAUCUUUUUCCUGCAGCAAAGGAAGCAGCCCAUUCUACCUGUAUAUCUAGGCUACUGGAUCGAAGGGUUCGAUGUGAAGCGUGUGGAUGAGUAUCACCUGACCGCCAUUCAGUUGGGACACUUUGUAGGGUGGGAGCACAGACCAGGCAGCGCUAAUGAGGGUCGCGGAGAUAAGACGAAAAACGACCCCCAAAAAUUGGCUGAGAAAAAGAAUGAGAACCAGAAGGGCAAGACUCGUCUGGUGCUGGAGAACACGGAAAAUGUCUCUCUUGGCCAGCUGUGGUUGGAGCUGCUGCGUUUCUACACACUGGAGUUUGCACUAGAGGAUUACAUCAUCAGCAUCCGGGUGAAGGAGCUGCUACCCAGAGACGUGAAGAACUGGCCGCGCCGCCGCCUCGCCAUCGAGGACCCAUUUGCCCUGAAGAGGAACGUAGCACGAAGUCUGAAUAGUCAGAUGGUGUUCGAGUACAUCCAGGAGCGAUUCCGCACUGCGUACCGAUACUUUGCCUGUCCUCAGAGCCGUAACAGACACGCCCCCGAACGAGACAAGCCACGACGGCGCACAAGCCGGUCAACUAGAACACGCGCCAUCGAAACCAAGAGAGGAGAGGAAGAGGAUGGUGCAAACAGCACUGACGAUGAUGAAGAUGAAGAAGAGGACGACGAUGAGGAAGAUGAAGCUGGAGAUGAAGAACGGUGUGUGAGCCGAGACUUAGCCAGACUACUUGUUGAGGAUGAGGGCGAAGACAGUGUACAUCACUCCUCUUCCCCGACCCUGUCCUCUCCCAACGGCCUGUUCCCAGACAGUGACGAAGAUGAGCGGGGUGGAGGGGGGCGGAAAGGUCUGGAACAGGACAGCAUUGCCCCGGAGGAUCUGCACUAUACUUUUGACAGGAUGAUCUUCACUGGAGGAAAGCCCCCAACGGUGGUGUGCAGUAUCUGUAAGCGAGACGGCCAUCUGAAAGAUGACUGUCCUGAAGACUUUAAGAAGAUGGAGCUGACGCCUCUGCCUCCCAUGAUGGAGCGCUUCAGAGAAAUCCUUGACAACUUGUGCAAACGCUGUUACGAUGAACUGUCGCCGUCUGGGGGAGAGCAGCAGAGGAGGGAAUCAAUUCUCGCCAGUCUGGAGCGCUUCAUUCGGAAGGAGUAUAAUGAUAAAGCCCAGCUGUGUCUGUUUGGUUCCUCCAAGAACGGUUUUGGUUUCCGUGACAGCGAUCUGGACAUCUGUAUGACACUAGAAGGUCACGACACAGCAGAGAAACUGAACUGUAAAGAGAUCAUUGAGGGAUUAGCCAAGGUGUUGAAGAAACACACAGGCCUGAGGAACAUCUUGCCUAUAACAACCGCCAAAGUGCCUAUUGUCAAGUUUGAACACAAGCAGAGCAGUCUGGAAGGAGACAUCAGCCUUUAUAACACCCUGGCUCAGCACAACACACGUAUGUUGGCCACGUAUGCAGCCCUGGACCCACGUGUGCAGUAUUUGGGCUAUACCAUGAAAGUGUUUGCAAAGAGGUGUGACAUUGGUGAUGCGUCGAGGGGAAGUCUCUCAUCUUACGCCUACAUCCUCAUGGUGCUCUACUUCCUGCAGCAGAGACAGCCUCCCGUCAUCCCUGUCCUUCAGGAGAUCUAUGAUGGGAGCUCUGUUCCUCAGAGGAUGGUGGACGGCUGGAACGCGUUCUUCUUCGACAAUCUGGACGAACUGCAGUGGCGCUGGCCCGAGUUCCAGCAGAACCGUGAGACAGUAGGGGAGCUGUGGCUCGGCCUGCUGCGCUUCUAUACCGAGGAGUUCGACUUUAAAGAGCAUGUGAUCUCCAUCCGGCAGCGUAAACGCCUCACCACUUUCGAGAAACAGUGGACAUCCAAGUGCAUCGCCAUCGAAGAUCCUUUUGACUUGAAUCACAAUCUUGGUGCUGGAGUCUCACGGAAAAUGACAAAUUUCAUCAUGAAGGCAUUUAUUAAUGGCAGGAAGUUGUUUGGAACGCCGUUUUAUCCAAAGCAGGGGAUGGAAGCGGAUUACUUCUUCGACUCGAAGGUGUUGACUGACGGCGAGCUCGCUCCAAAUGACCGCUGCUGUCGCGUCUGCGGCAAAAUCGGACAUUACAUGAAGGACUGCCCGAAGAGGCGCAGGAUGAAGAAGAAGGAGAGCGAUAAGGAUGACGAGGUGCGUGAGGAGGACAGAGAGCCGAGAGAGAGACGCUGUUUCCAGUGUGGAUAUGUAGGACACGUCCGGAGAGAAUGUCCUGAUUACAGACACCUCCGACAGAGAGGAGCUCCUUCACAGGUUCCUCAGAUGGUCCGUGGGAUGGUGAGCUCUCCAGCCAUCCCCAUUCCUCAGAGUGGUACGUCCCAGGAUCGACCCGGCCGAACCAGGCAGCCAUCAGAAUGUUCAGACACACGUCAGACUCCUCCGUACUCCCCCCAGCCAUCGACAUUCAUCCAGCCCUCCGUCUCUCCUCAGUCAUCUCAGAGCGGCAAACCUUCAUCAGGCUCCUCAUCCUCCUCUGCUCCGUCCAAAUCCUCCCAUCAUCCCUCUCUCCCUCCUCCUGCCACUCCUCCUCAGCAACAGCAGGUUCAUCUGUCUCUCUUUGGUUUCACCCCCUCUCAGUACAUGGGCAUGCUCUCGCCAGGCACCUGGCCCUCCCAUCCGCCCUCCCCGGGGGUAAAGUACCCUCUGAGGAAGGGGCAGGGGAACGGAGGGGCGGGGCACACACCAAACCCCACCCCCGUUAACCUCAACGACCCCAGCAUCAUCUUUGCCCAGCCAGCGGGGCGGGACGGAGGGCCACACUGGCACAAUCACCAUCUGAACAACCCUGGGGCAAUGGUGGCCAACGGCACGGUGGGGAAGUCAGAAGCAAGUUUCCAGGCUCCAUUUGGUUCUGUAGGUCAGGUCUCUCGCUCGCUGGGCCACAGCGGUGCUGGUUCGAUAUCUGUCUCGUCCUCCUGGGGUUUCCGUAUGCCGCAGACGUACAUGCAGCAGUCCAACAAGCCCUUCAUCUCCCAGGGUGCAGUGGCUAAUCAGCACUUCCCCUUGCUGCAGUCCGGCCGUCCCGUCAACCUCAGCUACAUCCAGCAGAAGAAAUAACAAGCGAGGAUUCUUUUAAUUUCAAACCAACGCCCAAGGUCCUUAUUAACCAACAAUGAAGAGGGGAAAAAAAACAAUUACAGAAGUCUAACUUGGCAUUUGGUCACAAGACUUUUUAAAAUGAAUUUUAUCAUUUUUUGUACAGUUUUUACAUUAAUUUUUUGUCUCAUCACAUUGAUUUGUGAUAAGAAAUGUCAAAUAUUUUAAUACCCCUAUUUUUAAAGGGGUCCCAAAAAGGAAGCGUUUUUAUUUGUUGUGUAAAGUAUGGAUUUAAAGUUAAUCCUGUUUAUUUUUAUUGGUGUAUUCAUAUUUUUGCUUGCAUAAGGACAAAGGCUUUGGAUAGGAUUUUGUUUUAUGAAAAAUCAGCAUACAGCUCCAUAAGAUAACUAUGUAGUGCCAAAAAACAAACAAAAAAAAAGUAUCUCUUUCCUCAGUCUCUUCAGUAAACAAAAAAGAUAAAGUAUUUAAAAAAUCAAGAAAAAAGACCAAGGAUUAAAAAAAAAUAAAGAAACAACGCAAACCAACAUGCUGAUGUGGUUGUUCUUUAUUGUGGUUUUUCUUAGACUAUGGUUUUAUAACAGUCUGUUGGGUAUAAAAUUAAACACACCUUUCUGAGAAAGUUAGUGACUUGUGAGAAACUAAUCAGGUUUCAAAUUUUAAACUUGUAGUCAAGCCAAAAAUGACUCUGAAUGGUAUCAAUGUGCUGGUUUUAAAUUAUAAAUCAGUUAUCAAAAAAGGACAGGUGGUGUUUAUAUUAAAAAAAAAAGAUUCAUAUAUUUUAAGCUGAUGUGUAAACAGGCUGGUAUGGUGAUUUAUCCAAGUCUAAUUCAUUUAAAAUACAGGGCUUUUCAAAAAAUUUGAUAUUGAGUUGUAAAUAUCCCAGAAACUACAACCCUGAUUCCAAAAAAGUUGGGACAAAGUACAAAUUGUAAAUAAAAACGGAAUGCAAUCAUUUACAAAUCUCAAAAACUGAUAUUGUAUUCACAAUAGAACAUGGACAACAUAUCAGAUGUCGAAAGUGAGACAUUUUGAAAUUUAAUUUGAAAUUUCAUGACAGCAACACAUCUCAAAAAAGUUGGGACAGGGGCAAUAAGAGGCUGGAAAAGUUAAAGGUACAAAAAA